CACAGCUUGAUCCAGUUCUUAGUCAAGUCCCGCUUAUUCCUAUCUUCAGUGGUUUCUUCAGAGCUUUCUGCUCCAGUUGUUUUUCAAACAGUUGCAAAUUAAGAAUGGAAUUCCAAAGCCGAGGAGAGUCCUGUGCAAUUCCAGAGAAUGAAGAAAUAUCCAACAUUCCUCAAACUGCCCAUGAUAACUAUGCGAAAGAGGGCGAAAGAGCUGUGUCAAAGUUGCAGCGCAGGCAUAGUGACAUAAAAGUAUAUAAAGAAAUAUGUGACUUCUAUGCAAAAUUCAACAUGGCCAAUGCUCUGGCCAAUGCCAUGUGUGAACGCUGCCGAGGAGGCUUUGCACCUGCAGAAAAGAUUGUGAACAGCAAUGGGGAGCUGUACCACGAACAGUGCUUUGUGUGUGCCCAGUGCUUCCAGCAAUUCCCCGAGGGACUUUUUUAUGAGUUUGAAGGAAGGAAGUACUGUGAACAUGACUUUCAGAUGCUUUUUGCCCCUUGCUGCCAUCAAUGUGGGGAGUUCAUUAUCGGUCGGGUUAUUAAAGCUAUGAACAAUAGCUGGCAUCCAGAAUGUUUCUGUUGUGAUAUCUGCCAACAGGUACUGGCAGAUAUUGGAUUUGUGAAGAAUGCUGGCAGACAUCUUUGUCGUCCUUGCCAUAAUCGGGAGAAAGCCAGAGGUCUUGGCAAAUAUAUUUGCCAAAAGUGCCACGCCAUAAUUGAGGAACAGCCGCUUAUCUUCAAGAAUGAUCCUUACCAUCCUGAUCAUUUCAACUGUGCCAACUGCGGAAAGGAACUGACUGCAGAAGCUCGAGAACUGAAGGGGGAGCUGUAUUGCUUGCCUUGCCAUGAUAAAAUGGGGGUCCCCAUCUGUGGAGCAUGCAGGAGACCAAUCGAAGGGCGAGUAGUAAAUGCUAUGGGCAAGCAGUGGCAUGUUGAGCAUUUUGUUUGUGCCAAGUGUGAGAAACCAUUCCUGGGUCAUCGUCACUAUGAAAGGAAGGGGCUGGCGUAUUGUGAAACCCAUUAUAAUCAGCUCUUUGGUGAUGUGUGUUUCCACUGUAACCGGGUGAUUGAAGGUGAUGUUGUCUCUGCCUUGAAUAAAGCAUGGUGUGUAAACUGCUUUGCAUGUUCUACUUGUAACACCAAGUUAACACUGAAAAAUAAAUUUGUGGAAUUUGAUAUGAAGCCUGUCUGUAAGAAGUGCUAUGAGAAGUUCCCACUGGAGCUCAAGAAGAGACUGAAGAAAUUGGCUGAAACUCUAGGAAGGAAAUAAAAUAUUUAAUCUAGCUAUUCAAAAUUAAGAAAAUGAGAUUCAUAUUCCCACUUAUUUUCACUGUGUUUAUGAACUCUAUGCUCUUAAAAAAUCCCUUUGCAUGACUAGCUUAAUAUAAUAUAUACCUUGCCAUAAAAUCUUUAAUGUCUUAUGUAAUGCUAUAUGUACCCUUUAAAUUAUGCAUUCUAUGUUUAUAUAAUUUUUAGAUAACUCAGUCAUAAGUGGAAGAUUAAAACAUAGCCUUUAAAUUGCAAUCAGUUUAUUGGGCCACUGGUGCUGAUCUCAAAUGAACAUAAUUUAGCACAGUCUCCUCUUACCUAGAAUCUUCAAAAUGUGCUGAGCUUUUAAUGUCCAGAAUUUUCAACCAGCCCUACAGAUUAGGAAAGCAAAUUCUCUUGGCAAAUAAUCCAGAUCUCAGCAUCAUAUGCCUGCUAGGGAGCAAUUGCUGGAGCAAAACAAAGUAAAACUUUAAGGAUAACAAUUUAUAAUCACUAACCUGUAAAUCCCAUUCAACUCAUCGGUCUCAGCUCUGUAGACAGAUAUAGGAUUACAUGGUUAAGGAUAUAGAAAAAUUCAUGGGCUCAUGGCCAUAGUAUUUACUAAUACAGAUAGGGAUAAUUUUUCAAAAAAUCAGACUUGUGUGAUGGCUUUGAAGCAUAUUUUAUCUAAUAAGUUUUAUAUUUCAUAUUAUUUAGGAUCAAAGGAAAGGAGAUGUCUUUCGUUUGAUUCUAAACUCAACUCUCAUGUUAAAAAUUAUGAGACAAAAGACUACAGAUUUUUUUGUAGGCAAUGAGUUCUUAUUUAAUCUCAACUUAUGAAUUGAUAACACAAUGGUUUUCCAAUAUUAUAUUAUUGUCCUAAGGAAAAUGGCAAUAAUAUAAACAAAUAUUCUGAAGAUUUAAGAAGAGUCUAUAGUCUAUCAGGGCAUCUUGUUGAUUCUGUCCGCUAGCUCAACAGAAAAUUUAAAUUAUUGAGAUCUUUUUAAAAAAAAAAAAUAAAAGUCAAAUUGGGGGUGAAUUGUAAUCAAAUCUUAGCCCAAACUAUCAUAAAUGCAGAAAUGGUUUGUUCAGAAAGUUUCUGAUAACUGUAGUUGUUUGAGAGCUGCAGUGAAUGCUUUUAGAUUCUGUUGAGCCUGAAGCCCAAAGUGUGAGAUGCCAACAUAUUUCUGUGUCAACAGAGUUCACCUACUUGAAUUUUGUAAGAAUUUUUUCUUGGAUCUUUUGGUAUUUUAUUUCACUGUGCCUUAAUUAUGCUGUAUAUUUACAAUAUUAAUUAAAAUAUUUACUCAUAUUAUUUUAUUAGAUAAUAUAUGCCUUAUACUCUAGGAAAUGCCAUAUACUAAACAUUUUGAACUUUGUUUAAAAUAAUGGAAAGUAUUAAGGAUGCAAAGGACAUUUCCUUCCCCUCUUCAGCUCACUUAUUUUUAAAUUGAAAUGAAAUAAAACCUGAACAUAUUUCAAUUAUGGA